UUACAAUACGAUUUCCAUGUACCGAGGCUCGUGGAAACUGAUACAGAUCUUUUUAUACAGGACGGGGUAUUUGGUGGACACGUUUGCUACCAGGAUCAUCUUCGAAAAAUUGUUGGUUGCUCUUCGCGAGAAAAACCCACUGUUCAAAGACGUCGUCCAUCUCUACGAACCUACUGCAGAUCAAUCAUUCUUCAUCAACGUCCCCCGCUUCCACUUUCGAGCUCCGGAAUUCAAUGAUACCAUCUAUGUGUCUGUUUCAGGUUACCUCAUUUCCCCCCCAGAAAAUGUUCUGAACACUCUUCAAAGUAUCGAGAUCCGGGCCACUGACAUCUCCUGCACCCUCCCAUCUGAUCUUCCUGUGGAUGUAACGGUUCCCCUCGCGGCGGUUCUCUUGGAAUACCCCAUCGCUUAUGUCCCACAUGGCGCAAUAUUGCCAGAACGCCAGAGUCUCGACGUUUACGAAUGCACUCUUUCGGGAGGAGUGACAAUUGUCAAGUUUUCGUGUCCUUCUUCCUUGGUGAGCCGUGAGAUAAUCACCCAGAGCUUGCGUUUACGCUUCGGCAUGGAUGUUGAGGUUAUGUGUAUGUCCGAGACAGUGGAUAGGUUGAUUCUGUGAUAUUGGCCAGUCUACAUUAGGCUUCUAUUCUUUCAUGUUACUCUAUCCGGAGCAACCGAUAUCAUCGGUAUAGCAAUUUGAUCCUGUAAUUAUCAUCCAUAUU